AAAAAUUAAAUUAUUUUUUUGAUAAAAAGGUGUCAAUAACAAAAACAGCCGUCGUGGAUACCAAAGGUGAUUAUCAGGAGUCCGUGCCAUUGCCACCGUGCCCACCCACCACACCGCCCUAUCAGAGGCUGACCAAAGCGCUUCAAUGCGACCCAAGAUGUGGACACGAGGUGACAAUUGGUCGACGUAUUGGACUCUACAGAUUUUGUGGCGACAUUGGUCGAGGCAAUUUUUCAAAAGUCAAAUUAGCAGUACAUCAGCUAACUCGAGACAAAGUAGCCAUCAAAGUAGUUGACCGAGGUGGCUUAGAUGCAAAAGCCUUGCGAAUGUUGUCAAGUGAAAUUGCAACACUUGAAUGUGUUCACCACCCAAAUAUUUUAAGACUUUUUGAAGUUGUGGAAACAUUGGGACGAGUAUAUUUGGUAACUGAAUGGAUACGUGGUGGUGAACUUUACAAUCACAUUACUCAGGGUGGUCCGUUACGUGAAAUUCAUGCAGCACCUUUAUUCAAACAACUGCUAAUGGCAGUCAAACAUAUGCACAAUCUGGGCUUCGUACAUCGUGACAUUAAGGCUGAAAAUGUUUUGCUAUUAUCUGAGGAUCGCCUUAAAUUGGCUGACUUUGGUUUUAGCACACAACUUUUACAAGGUGCCAAUCAAAAACUUGACACAUUCUGUGGUUCACCACCUUAUGCAGCGCCGGAACUAUUUUCCGAUGAUCAUUACAUCGGUGCACCAGUAGAUGUCUGGGCGUUAGGCAUUUUAUUAUAUUUCAUGGUUGUGGGAAAUAUGCCGUUCCGUGCACCCACCAUACCAGGACUAAAAGCAGCUAUUUUGAAGGGUGAUUACUUGUUGCCAGGACAAUUAAGUCUGCCUUGCAUAAGACUUAUACAACGUAUUCUUAUUCAUAUACCUGCACGUCGACCUACCAUUGACGAUAUGCUCAACAGUCAAUUCAUUACACAACCUAAACUGAGUGCUGAGCUUAUGCAACAUGAAAUCAAUUUACGAACCAAACCUGUUAAACGUUCUGGUUUUUGGGUACGCUCCAAAUCGAGGCGUAUGCGUAAGACGUACUCAUUGCGUGAACGUUAUAUGGAAGUAACCAACAAACCACCGAUCAACAUGAAUACCAAAAAGAAUGAUGGUGUUUUUGUUGAUAAUUAUUUGCAGCCGAUUGAGAUAAAUCGGGAUCUACCUAUCGAUCCAAAUAAAGAUGCUUCCAAAACAAACACACCCAAACGUUCGUUCUUCUGUAGCACUCUUAAGAAGAAAGUCAGCCCUAUGGAAAUGGAGAAAGAGAAGCAAUUAGCACAUAUAAAUGGUUGCGAAAAACGCCAAUGGAAUGCUGAGGCAGCUAUUGAUUGUCCACUUUUUAAGAAUUAUGAUGUCGAAACUGGAAAGUUCAUAAUGCUUCCCACAGACACUGAGGAUCUGAGUCAACUGAAGCCGCUUGAGUUCGAAGCACGCAUAAUAUUAGAAGAGCUGGGUGUAAAUAGUGAAAUGUUACGCUCAUCCAUACAAAAUGGACCACGCAGUGACAUAAUCGGCGCAUAUCGCAUCAUUAUCAAUCGCCUGCAGAAGCAAUCCUGGUUGGCACGCAAACAUGUUGAGCUCGCCUUGCAAGAAAUGCCAAAAAUCGAAAGAAAGGUGGAACGAUCUUGUUGUAUACUUUAAAAUGUUUUCACUCCAUAAUGUGUACUAACAGGAACAGCACAAGAAAUAGCAGAAGGGAUAGCGUAGCUUAGAAUAUUUCGGUGCCACAUUUAGUAAAAUUUUAUCUUUAAAUCAAUUUUUAGUGUUACUAUAUACAUACAAACAUACAUACAUAUAUAUUCUGAGUAAAGUAAGUAGCAUUAAUUGAUCUCCGAUUUAACAAGACAGUAAUACCAAUAAACAAAAGUCAUAAAGCGAAAAGAAACCAAAAAUGUACAUGAAGUGUAAGGAGGGAGUAUAUGUGUAUGAGAAGAUUUUUUAGUCUAGUAAAUUGUUAUAGUCGUGCAAGAAAUUGCUGUAGUAAAACAAAUGAACAAUAAAUCCGGAAGGAGUAAUAGAGAUUACAUACUCGUAAAUAAAGGACAAAGCCAAGAAAAUAAAUUAUAAAUAUAUUUAAAUGUUCUGUGUACCAAUAAUUGAUGGUCCACAAAAUUAGCGAAAAAAAAACAAAACAAGGCGCAAGGGCGCUAAAAUGUCACAUUGUCUGUAUUUAUGUUUGCAUGUAAUUAACGAUAAAUGAAAUAAGUAUUGUUUUCCUUUUUCUUAUUUAACGAACUUUUAUACAUAAUUUGUUAAUUAUUAAAUGAAACAUUUAUUAUUUAUCGCAUAUCGUUUGAAGACACAAUAAAAAGUAUUUUGAACGUCAUUGGUCCACUUUUUUACCGAAACCAAAAGAGAAACGAACAAAAUUACUGAACGUUAAUUUUGCAUAGUAAAUUGUCUCCCAUGGAGUCGCAGACCUAUAUUCUUUUUAAGUUAAGUUACACGAUUAUUUAUUAAUAUUUUUGAAAAAAUAAAUUAAUUAAUAAAUGAAUUAUUUCGAAAAA